AUGGUAAAAUACAAAUGCAUACAGAAAUAUAUAAUGGCUGUUCCGGCUUCUUCUUCCUCUUUCUUCUUCUUCUCUUCCCCUUUCUAGGCUUAGCCCAUCAUCAGGAAUUAAAGCAGUUCAUAAUACCACUCUUUUCUCUUCAAAACCAUAAAGAAGACCAGAGAGAGAGAGAGAGAGAGAGAGAGAGUGUGUGUGUGUGUGAAUCUGAUGUGUGGCCUUUUCAAUUAGAGGUUAUAUAUAUAUAUGUAUAUAUAUAUAUAUAUAUAUGUAUGCAUAGAACAGAUGCGUGUAUCGAAGAUUCCCACCCUAUCGUAUUCUCUCUCUGAUGUGAAUCAAUAACCGGAUCUGUCUUCGUAAGCAUCCGAAUCUCUGUUACUUCAACUUUUCUUUCUCUUUGAUUUCGAUUUCGACCUUGUUUUCCUGAUUGAUUAUGGCGUCGCCUGGGAAUCCAAAUCAACAGCCGCAACCAGCCGGAUUUGAUAUGAAUAAGCUCUUCAAACCCUCUUCUGCUCCGAUGAAUAUGAACAUGAUGCCUCCGAUUCCUACUCCAAGCUCUCCAAAUCUUACUUCUUCGCCUUCUUUUCCUACGCCUGCAACCGCUCCUCCGCCUCCUUAUCUCACGCCUUCUUCCUCUUAUCCUCCACCCACUGGUCCGUACUCUUUUCACCACCAUCCUCACUACAUCCCUUACCCUCCUCCUCCUCAACACCAUCCUCAGCUCCAGCUUAAUAGACCACCAAUUUCAUAUCCACCUCCGCUGCAGCCCACUCCACCAGUUUUACCACCAACAUCUUCUCCACAUAUCCCCUCUACUAACCCUACCUCCGGUGGUGACCUUCUCAUGGCUUUCUUCGGCAAUCCGAACCAGACAAUCUCCUCUCCUUCCCCCUCUUCUUCCGAGUUUCAGACUGCUGCCUCCUCCAAUCCUCCUCCCGUCCCCUCUGCCCCCCCUCUCAGCGUCUCUCCUGCUCCCAUGAGAUUGCUCAGUAGCAAGCUUCCUAAAGGAAGGCAUCUAAUUGGCAAUCACGUAACUUAUGAUAUAGAUGUUAGGUUCCAGGGUGAAGCUCAGCCCCAACUUGAAGUCACUCCCAUUACUAAGUACGCCUCCGAUCCAGGCCUUGUUCUUGGUCGCCAGAUUGCUGUUAACAGGAACUACAUUUGCUAUGGUCUCAAGCUUGGCGCCAUCCGCAUCCUCAAUAUCAUUACUGCCAUGAGAUCUUUGUUGCGAGGCCACACCCAGAGAGUGACAGAUAUGGCUUUCUUUGCCGAGGACGUGCAUCUGCUGGCAAGUGCAAGUAUUGAUGGACGGAUUUUUAUAUGGAAGAUCAAUGAAGGUCCAGAUGAGGAAGAGAAGUCUCAAAUUUUUGGGAAAAUUGUUCUUGCCAUUCAGAUAGUUGGACAAGGGGAAUCUAUACAUCCACGACUUUGCUGGCAUCCUCACAAACAAGAAAUUUUGAUGGUUGCAAUUGGAAAUCGCAUCCUAAAAAUUGAUACCACAAAGGUUGGGAAAGGUGAACGUUUUUCGGCAGAGGAGCCUCACUGCCCUCUUGAUAAGCUGAUUGACGGGGUUCAGCUUUUUGGCAGACAUGAUGGUGAAANNNNCGGAAACCACCUUUUAUUAUUUGUUUAUGCCAUAUAUGCUUUUGUGUCUACUAAUGUCUCACAGUUAGAAAACUAAUGUUUGCAACAGGUGAAGAUUUGGGAAGAUCGGAAGGCAACACCGCUUGCAUUGUUGAGAGCACAUGACGGUCAUCCUGUUAACUCUGUGACCUUCUUGACCUCUCCACAUCGCCCUGAUCAUAUUGUUCUUAUCACGGGGGGGCCGCUAAAUCGGGAAGUGAAGAUGUGGGUCUCUGCAGGUGAAGAGGGCUGGUUGUUACCUAGUGAUGCUGAAUCCUGGAUUUGUACUCAGACAUUGGACCUAAAAAGUUCUGCUGAGCCAAAGCUUGAAGAUGCAUUUUUUAAUCAAGCUGUAGCUUUGCCCCGGUCAGGUCUCAUUCUACUUGCAAAUGCCAAGAGGAAUGCCAUCUAUGCCAUCCACAUAGAUUAUGGGCCUCAUCCUGCUGCAACUCGCAUGGAUUACAUAGCAGAGUUUACUGUUACCAUCCCCAUAUUGAGUCUUACUGGAACAAGUGAAGGUUUGCCUGGUGAACAUACUGUACAGGUUUACUGUGUCCAAACGCAGGCUAUUCAACAGUAUGCACUAGAUCUAUCUCAGUGCUUGCCACCUCCUAUGGAAAACAUGGAGUUGGAGAAAUCCGAUCCGAAUGUUGCUUGUGUUUCUGAUGCAGCCAAUUCUGAUAUUUCUGCAGUUCUGGAAUCAUCACAGGGAAAUAAAUCACCUGAGAUGCCUGUAGGUAACACAAUUUCAGUUGCACCUGUAAUUUCAGGCAGCUCAGAAAGUGCCCCAGUAGCAAGUCAUCCAGAAAGAGUGGCUUCUUCUGAUGUUUCUAGCUUGCCAGAAAUCAUUCCUUCAGGCUUUGAAACUAAGCCAAGUAAUUUACCAUCUCAUGGUAGUGCUGAACGUAUUCACACUGCAUCACCUCCUCUUCCAUUGAGUCCAAAAUUAUCUCAAAAAUCAUCUGGUUUUAGAAAUUCUCCUAAUAGUUUUGAGCCUUCACCACUUGCUGAUCAUGGUAGUGAGCAGUCAGGUCCUGAUGCCGAUCACCGAAUAGAACAUAAAGAUGCAUCUUCAUCAGGUGAUAAUUUGCGGAAGGUUGACAAAAAUGUUUUGCAGAAUGACAUUUCUGUGGUUCCUGAUCCACCUGUAGUGUUUAAACACCCAACCCAUUUGGUAACACCAUCAGAGAUAUUAUCUACUGCUGCUUCGUCAGAAAGUUCUCAGAUUAAUAAGGCUUUGAAUUUGGGAGAUGCGAAGGUUCAAGAUGUGUCUGUCAACAAUGAUGCAGAAAGCAUUGAGGUAGAGGUAAAAGUUGUGGGCGAGACAGGAUCUGGUCAAAAGAAGGAGUUCGACCAUUUGAGAGAUCCUCAUGUUAUUGUUGCAGAGAAAAAGGAAAAAUCUUUCUAUUCUCAGGCCUCAGAUUUGGGCAUUCAGAUGACAAGAGACUUUUGUGUGGAGACUUAUAAUGCUGAGGGAACUCAGCAGGCUAAUGAUGUUAGUGUUAUUGAGGGACCGGAUAGACCUUGCAACUCUGGUGAGGAAGAAGAGCAAGACGGGAUGAAAGUUGUGACUCCAAAAGCUGUUGCAUUGGAAGCUCCUGCUGCAAUUCCACAAUCAUUAACCCCAGCUAUGAAAGGAAAAAAACAUAAGGGGAAGAAUUCUCAAGUGUCUGGUCUGUCUUCUCCUUCUCCAAGUCCUUAUAACUCGACAGAUUCAUCGAAUGAGCCAGGAUGCAGUCCUGGUGCCCCAUCUAACGAUGCUGCUUUAUCUCAGUUGUUGUCCAUGCAUGACAUGAUUGAACAGUUAAUGGACAUGCAAAAAGAAAUACAGAAGCAGAUGAAUGCAGUGGUUUCUGGCCCAGUUAAUAAAGAAGGGAAGAGACUAGAGGCAUCCUUAGGCCGGAGCAUUGAGAAAGUUGUUAAGGCUAAUAUGGAUGCUUUGUGGGCUCGUUUCCAAGAAGAAAAUGCAAAACAUGAGAAGUUAGAACGAGAUCGCACCCAACAGAUAACAAAUUUGAUCUCUAAUUGUAUAAACAAGGACUUGCCAGCCAUAUUUGAGAAAACAUUAAAGAAGGAAGUUGCAGCCGUUGGCCUAGCUGUAGCUCGUGCUAUUACUCCAAUAAUGGAAAAGUGCAUAUCUUCAGCUAUUACAGAAUCAUUCCAGAAAGGGGUUGGUGAUAAGGCAGUGAAUCAGCUAGAGAAAUCAGUAUGUUCCAAGCUAGAGGCCACAGUCACCAGACAAAUUCAAGUACAGUUUCAAACUUCUGGAAAGCAAGCUCUUCAGGAUGCAUUAAGGUCUAGUUUAGAGGCUUCCGUUAUUCCUGCAUUUGAGAUGUCAUGCAAAGCUAUGUUUGAGCAAGUUGAUGCCACAUUCCAGGAAGGUCUUAUCAAACACACAACUGCUACUCAGCAGCAAUUUGAGACUACUCAUUCUCCUCUGACCAUGGCAUUAAGGGAUGCAAUAAAUUCAGCAUCAUCAAUAACUAAGACUUUAAGUGGGGAAUUAGCUGACGGGCAGCGAAAGAUCCUUGCUCUUGCAGCUGCUGGUGCUAACUCCAAAGCAGGAAACCCCUUAGUAACACAGCUGAGUAACGGACCACUGGCUGGUCUACAUGACCUGCAAGCUGAGGCACCACCGGAUCCAACUAAAGAGCUCUCAAGGUUGGUGACUGAAAGAAAAUAUGAGGAAGCUUUUACUGGAGCCCUUCACAGAAGUGAUGUCUCCAUAGUUUCCUGGUUGUGUUCUCAGGCUGACCUACAGAGUAUUUUAUCAAUGGUACCACUCCCUCUUAGCCAAGGAGUACUCCUUGCCCUGCUCCAGCAAUUGGCUUGUGAUGUUAGUAAAGACACCCCUAGGAAGUUGGCCUGGAUGACAGAUGUGGCGGUUGCCAUAAACCCUGGAGAUCCAAUGAUUGCCAUGCAUGUUCGACCUAUCUUUGAGCAGGUGUACCAGAUACUAGGACAUCAACGGAACCUACCCACAACUUCGGCUUCUGAAGCAUCGAGCAUCCGGCUUCUUAUGCAUGUGAUAAACUCUGUGUUAAUGAGCUGUAAAUGAUUAUUGAGUCUUUUUUUUUUCUUUUUUCUGUUUAAUCUGUGAAAAUUUGUAAGUUGAACUUUUGGUUUGUAUAGAGAUUAGGGAAGUUAACUCGGGGAAAACAGAGAAUAACUUCGGUGUAUCCAGUUGGUACGUUGUACUUUGCGUGAAAUAGUCAAAAGAUUUUUUUUUUUUUUCGAUUA